UUUAUCACACACACAUCAGAAGAUAAGAAACAACACUGAAGGAUUGCUCUAGUGCAGAUAACCAUAUCACAGGAUGGAGCCCGGCUCUCGUAAGCACUACUAUGUAGAUGGCUUCCACUCCCGGAAAUUCCUCGACACUUACUGUUCCAGUAACCCAGAAGUGGCCUUUGCUCACGAGUUUAUGAGGUAUCCUAUGGAGAAAUUUCACCAAGCAUUUUCCACAGGUGACAUUAAAGGAGGCUUGUUGCUUGACUUCAGCAUUGGUCCCAUCAUUCACCAUCUCUAUUCAGCGACGAAAUAUUUCACAGAUAUCAUCCUUCUUAAGCCUACGGACCACUGUAUUGUAGAAGUGAAAAAAUGGAUGGACAGCCGAACCGGAGCAUUUGAUUGGUCGCACACCUCAGCACUUGCUACGGAGUUGGCAGGAACAAGUGACCAAUAUGAGGAGCCCGAGGACAAGGAUAUUGGACUCAGGGCAGCAAUUACACAUGUUGUAAAAUUCGAUCUGAGUCGGGAAAAUCUCACAGACCCGCUGGUGCUACCGCAAGCCGACUGCCUAAUGAUCAAUUGUGUUGUGGCAGCCAUCAGCAGAGACCUUGAAGAUUUCGGGAGAAACCUCGGGAGAUUCCUAAAGCUUGUGAAACCUGGGGGGGUCUUGCUGUACUAUGGACUUUUAAAUGGCACAUUCUAUGUGAUUGGGGGAGACAAAUUCCACGGUGUAAAGUACAAUGAAAAUGAUCUGAAAAGCAUUCUCAGUAAUGAGGGGUUCGUCAUCAGACAUAUUGAGGUUUCCCAAAGAAAGACCGAGAGUGAUCUGAGUGAUUUUGAUUCGGUUGUGUUCUGCACAGCUUGUAAAGAACAGAAGAUUUAGGCAGAAAACAGAACUCAGAAACAUAUCUCAGCAUGCCACCUAUGUACUGGUGGAG